AUGUUCUCCUUCAUGAAGAUCGCUACCUUCGCCGCCCUCGCGUUCGGCACCCUCGCGUCGGCCAUCCCCGCUCCUGCUCCUCUCCCCGUCGCCGAGGCCGGCGCCCUUGUGCCCCGCGCAGCUGAGGCCCAGGACGUCACGACGAUCCUCACCGACUUGAACAACAACCUCAAGGCCCCCACCACGGAGCUCAGCGGCCUCACGGCGGACAAUGCCACGCCGGAUAACGUGAACGUGAUCGUGCUGAAGAUCAAGGUGCUCAUCGAGGCUGCCACUGAGGCAUGUGGCGGCGCUUCUGGUCUUGGCUCUGGCAAUAUCCUUCUUCUUCUCUCCAUCUCUAUCAACCUCGUCAUCUCGGCCUGCAAUACGUGCUACAGUGUCUGCACCGACAAGGCCGGUGUUCUCGUCGUGAUAAAGAUCCUCGACUCCGUUCUCGCGGCGCUCCUCACGAUCGUCCUCAAGCUUGUCGGUGGUCUUUUGGUCACGGUUAUUGGUCUCCUCGUCGGUCUCCUCGGAGGAGUCGUGGAGAUCAUCCUCUCGCUCAACUUCACCGCUUGUGCGAAGGUCUUGCUCCUCCUUUAA